ACAGUUAGACAGUCAAGAAUCGGAUUUUACAGUCACAGUAAGCGCUGCAACUCAACCAGACAUUAACCCCUUGGCGCAUUUUCCAGCGUCAUUUGAAGUCAAGGAAAACAAAGAAAACUAGUGUUUCAGCCAUUUGUGGGCUGUAUGAAGAACAACCUCACUGUUUUAACCAAAUUACAGGUCCCAAAUGUGUUUCCUUGCUGUCAUCGUGCCACAAAGACACCUCUUCCUCUACGUUAUAAGUACAUGGACCGAUACCAUUAUGGAAUCUACGCCAAGCAGCCUGCACUGGUGAAAGACUGCGCACUGGAGUCAGCCCGGCUGGCCAUCGUGCGUGCCACCAAAACUAAGGAAUUGUACAUCGUGACAGCAGACAUACCAGUAACCAGAAAACCAUUAGGGAGCAAAAUGGGAAAAGGAAAAGGCAAAGUCGAUCAUUAUGUGGCAAAUGUUAUGGCGGGAAAAGUUCUCUUUGAAUUCAAUUGUGACAAUGAAACCCAAGCCUUAGAAGCUUUUAGGCAAGCCACGCACAGGUUGCCAAUGCGCACACAUCUGAGAGUGAAACCUUCCGGGAAAAAAACAAUAUGGACUAAUUUUUGAGAUGCAUGUGCAAUGCUUAAAUUAUACAUGGCCACCUUAAAGACUCUCCCUUGAGGAGGAACGUUUAACUAAGAAGCUUGCCAUUUCUACUCAUGAAUUUUUUUCCAAGAAUCGCAUACAGGUUACACAAUCUAAAAGUAAAGGUGUCUUGUAAGAUGAAUGUUGACAUCAUGCCUUGUUGACAAUUUUGAAAA